AUGUCUUCGUCACACAUACAGACGAAACGGACGUCUGUUUACCGUUGAGUGUUUACCCUGCUCCAGUAUUCAAUAAACAAUUAAAUAAUAAUUGAAGAUGGAGACAAUAUUAGAACAGCAGCGUCGAUAUCACGAAGAAAGGGAGAGAUUGAUGGACGCAAUGGUGAAAGAAUUGCUUCACAAAAAACCUGGGCAUCGUGAAAGUAUUAAUUCAGAACAUCGGUUGAAAAUGCUGUUGGAUCAGUAUAUGGAUAGUACUGGACAAUUGCAGGAGUUGUACGAGGAUAAAGAUGGACAGCGAAAGGAAGAGGUUCAAGCUCUCUCUGGUCCCAACGAAUUUUCCGAAUUCUACACACGACUGAAGUCCAUCAAAGAGUUCUAUCGUCGACAUCCCAAUGAAAUAAGUGUUCCCAUGUCAGUGGAAUUCGAGGAACUUGCAAAAAUGCGUGAGAAUCCAACAGAAGAGCUCUCAAAUCUCGUAGAGUUCACCGACGAAGAGGGUUACGGUAAAUACCUGGACCUGCACGAGUGCUACGAGAAGUACGUGAACCUCAAGGGAAUAGAGAAGAUCGACUACAUCACAUAUUUAUCUACUUUUGAUCACUUGUUUGAUAUUCCAAGAGAAAGAAAAAACGCUGAGUAUCGUCGGUACGUCGAGGCCCUCCUGGAAUACCUAGCCGAGUACAUAGGUAGAGUCAAACCUAUCCACGACAUAAAUGCAGAUUUGUCAGAGUGUCAGAAAGACUUUGAAGUCCAGUGGGAGAGCAGUACCUUUCCAGGAUGGCCGAAGGAGACUGGCAGUGCCUUGGCCAAUGUCGGCGCUCACCUAGAGCUUUCUGGUUUCUCCUCCUGGGAGGAGCUCGCAUCCCUAGGUCUCGACAGAUUGAAAUCAGCCCUCAUGGCAUUGGGCUUGAAAUGCGGUGGCACUCUAGAGGAAAGAGCCCAGAGACUGUGGAAAACCAAGAAUGGUGCACAGCUAGAUCCAAAUUCUCUCGUGAAAAAUCGAAAUAAGAAAGGGGGAAAGAGCAAAGACAGUGAGAAGCAGAAGGAAAUAGCGCGACUUGAGGCACAAGUUUAUAAACUUGCGGAAUUGGUAUCGAACCAGAGAGUUGCUACGAAAGAGAAUGUCCAGAGGAAGCAAGCAAGGACUGAAGGUGAGCGAGGAGAUUCAGAUGCUGAGGCCAGUGCAAGUGAAUCUGAGGAAGAGGAUGACAAUGAGGUUCCCUAUAAUCCCAAGAAUUUACCCCUCGGGUGGGAUGGAAAACCCAUACCGUACUGGCUGUACAAAUUACAUGGACUCAACAUCAGUUACAAUUGCGAAAUCUGUGGUAAUUUUACGUAUAAAGGACCUAAGGCUUUCCAGAGGCAUUUCGCUGAGUGGCGACAUGCUCAUGGCAUGCGUUGUCUGGGAAUUCCAAAUACAGCGCAUUUUGCUAAUGUCACACAGAUCGAGGACGCUCUCGCUCUCUGGGAGAAACUCAAAGCUCAGAAGCAGGCGGAGAGGUGGCAGCCUGAGCAGGAGGAGGAAUUUGAGGAUUCCCUCGGCAAUGUCGUCAACAGGAAGACUUAUGAGGAUCUCAAACGACAGGGACUACUCUAAAUUUAUUUGUCAGACUAUAUAUCACGGAAUCAUGUGGCAAUUUUCAGUCAUUUGUGAAUUUUUUAUGACACUUGAGAUGAUUAAAUAACUGUCCUUCGUGCUCCAUUAAUCUUUAAUUACAGUUUACAGGGAAAUAAAAUUCGAAAUUCUGUGUAA